UGUCUCAGACAAUCCAUGGAUUCCUUUUACUCUCCACCCCGGUCUGUUUCGCCUCAGACAUGUCUGUCUAACCCUAGUCCACCCGUACAGCCUGCUGUGUCAAGGCUAGGUGAACAGGUGGAUGGCCAUCUUCGUCUACGUAUGAAAGAGCAGCUGCUUGCCCGCCAGAUGCUUCAGCGUCGUCAGGCCUGUUGUUCUGAAACCGAGGGCCUACCCUAUCCUGGUCCGAAUUUUCCACAACACAAUACCCUUCAGAAUCGUCUUCGGCCUCGUAGUCAGAGCCAGAGCCAGCCGAUAAUAUUGUACAAUGACGAUCCACACCUGAGUUCACCAUCUACCUCGGCCUGCCACUCUUAUAUCUCGCAAUUGUCAAAAAAAAAUCUUAGAGUGCCACGCCGCCAAGGUGGUUUUUCUCUAUGCCUUACCGAUGCGCAAGCUUUGCAAUUGGUCUCUGCAUCAUCGGUGGGAACUGCCAUCCCUCGGGGUGUUUUGGCUUCGCAGGAAAUCGCGGAUAGAAUCUCAAACGUCAGAGAAGUAUCGCAUGAGGUCAAAAAUGAUUUCGCUAAAGCUGGGGAACCGGAUCAUUGUGUUGACGAAGCUAGUGAUCAUGAGCAGGAGGAAUUAGCAGGGGCUGAUUAUGAAGAAUCAGAGAUAGAAGAGGAGGAAGGGAUCGACGGGCUGAUGGCGCCAAUUAAUAAAUUUUCUCAGGCUCACCUUCGGCGUCUUGACUUUUCCUGUCAUCGACUUGGUAUUAGGGAUAGAGACAGGAUAGACGCGGCGGCGAUUGAAGCUAAUUGGCUGAUAGUAGGUCCAUGUAGCGAAGGCAUGCCCAUGAGAUUUACUCAGAGGCCUUAG